CGUGCCAUCUAUUUCCCCAAAUGUGUAGUUGCCAGACGUGUCAUCUAUUUUCCCGAAACUCCACGUUUACUACGAGUAUUCUCUAGCAGGGGAUGAAAUCUGUCGUUAUUCCCCCGCACUUCCUCAGCGUGUCGCCGUCGUCCUCCGCCAAUCCGCCACCGGAAACUCCGCCGAAUCGCAAACUUGGCUUUUCUGUUCCCCGGGGCCACAGCGUAUUUUCAACAGGACUCUGACGGUACAGCCUUGCCCGCUCGGUUCGUCAUGGCCGCUUGACCCAGUGCUGAAGCUUACCCGAACGUGCUUUUCCGUUAUGUAAUUCCCAUUUAUUCGCGACCUCUGCACAAAGUUUCCUCGGAUAAAGUUUCGUCUUUUUUUGCACGGAAAAGUUUUAUGUCAAGGAAUUAGAAUGCAACCCCCACCAAGAAAGGUCAGAGUUACCCAGGAGCUGAAACAGAUUCAUGCAGAGCAGAUGAGCAGAUUACACAUCAAACACCAGACAGAAUGUGACCUUCUGGAGGACCUGAGGACCUUUAGCCAAAAGAAGGCAGCUGUAGAGAGGGACUAUGCCCAUGCCCUUCAAAAGUUGGCAAAUCAGUAUUUGAAGAGGGACUGGCCAGACACCUUAUCAGAGGAGCAAGCAGACCACAGGAAUAUGUAUUGUGUGUGGAAGGCCUACUUGGAGGGAACUGUUCAGGUGACCAAAUCUCGAAUCAGCGCCUGCGACAACUACAAGGUCCAAGUGGCUGACCAAGCCAAGACAGCCAGACUCCAAAAGGAACAGCAGCUGAGGAAGUGUAUUGAAUUGCUGACCGUGGUCCAAGCUGAGCUACAGGAUUCGGUGAAAGAGCUGACUAAGAGCAGAAAGAAGUACCAGGAGACUGAGACUAUGGCUCAGGCCAUCCGAGAGAAGGCCGAAUUAGACGCCAAGUCAAAGCUGAGUCUCUUCCAGUCUAGAUCCAGUCUGCAGAGGGCAAGUGUAAAGCUGAAAAGCAAACGGAGUGAGUGCAACUCAAAAGCCACCCAUGCUAGGAACGACUACCUGCUUAUGCUAGCAGCUGCUAAUGCUCAUCAGCAGCGUUACUAUGACACAGAUCUCGUUGACUGUAUCAAGGUGUUAGAUGGACAAGUCUAUGAACAAGUAAAGGACUACCUAGUGUCUCUGUGUCAAACUGAGCUGGAAGUGUAUCAGUCUGUCCACAACACUUUCAAUCACCUCCUCAACAGUUCUCACGGGUUGCUGCAGGAAUUUCACCAGCAGCUGUUUGUGCAGAAAAACCCUAUGUUCCACAGAGCCCCGGACAUCCUUUUCCUGCCGAGUAACUCUGACACGGUCAUGCAGCUGCAAAAAGAGAGUGGGACAGUGGAAGAGCAUAGCCUGGAUAAGGAGGCACGGAAGUGGGCAAGCCGAGUGGCAAGAGAAUACAAAAGUAUUAUCCACAUCCAGAGGACCCUGGAAGAAUAUGGGAUCCAGGAAACCUCUGAGCAGAACCACAGUGACCUGGAGACAAAGAUGGAGGUGGCUAGACAGAAUCUCCGACGGGCAGAGACGGUGAAGGUGAAAGCGGAUGCUCGUCUAGACCUGCUGAGACAGGCAGGCAUUACUGUUGAAACGUGGCUGAAGAGUGCCAUGAACCAAGUGAUGGAGGAGCUGGAGAAUGAGCGCUGGGCCAACCUCGGCACCCACGAUCCCUCUCUCUCUGGCACAGCUGAUUUAGAACAAGAGGAUGAGGAGAUGGAGGACAGUGGGGAAGUUUUGGAUGACAGUAGCUCCAGCCCAUCUAGCACCUUGAGGAACUACCCCCUCACCUGCAAAGUGUUGUAUUCUUAUAAGGCAUGUCAGCCAGAUGAGCUGACCAUUGAGGAGCAGGAGAUUCUUGAGGUUAUUGACGAUGGAGACAUGGAAGACUGGGUCAAAGCCAGAAACCGUAGCGGCCAGGUAGGCUAUGUUCCAGAGAAGUAUCUCCAGCUGCCCUCCUCGAACAGCCUACUUAGCAUGCUGCAGUCCCUGGCGGCCCUGGAUGCCCGCUCCCACUCAUCCAGUAACUCCACUGAACCUGAGAUGGAAGCACCCACUGGCAAUGUCAAUGGCGACUCCAAUGUUUCAUUUGCAAAGGCUCUGUACGACUACGCAGGGCAAACGGAUGAGGAACUGUCCUUCCCUGAGGGGGCUAUCAUCCGAAUCUUAAGCAGGGAGACCCAUGAGGACGAUGGCUUCUGGGAGGGGGAGUUAAAUGGGAUUGUUGGUGUCUUCCCUGCUGUACUUGUAGAGGAUCUCAACUGUGCUGGCGAGAAUGGAGAUAGGCAGAAAGAUGGCAGUGCACAGGCUUCAAUUUCUACAUCAGCCUUGUGUGACCGCCCCCCUCAUAGCCCUUUCCAGUCAGGGCCUUUCCAUAGCAGUCCCUGUCAGGGGAGCCCCCAGACUCCUACCCUGGCCUCCCCUCAGUCGAGCCCCUCCAGUGCCACAGCCUCCCCUAUAGGCCGACCACCUUCUUAUUCAAACGGACAUCAUAGGCUGCCACCAACACCACUCAAAAGCCCUUUUCUGAGUCCAGGUUCCCCUCAACCGCCCAAAUAUCCUGAUGGUGGCUCUGGAACAAUUCGCCCUGUUCGUGCAGCCCCUCCACCUCCAAAGCAGCAUCCCCGUGGACAGGUGAAGAGGAGAGAGGAGGUGGAGAUCACACUGGUGUAAAGGUGUCACCGUGGUGGUACCAGCAGUUCUCUGUCCAAAGCAGAUGGGGCUUAGUGGAUCUUUGCCCCUGAUGCCCUCCCUUAGAAGAACCAAGGAAACUCUGUUUGGAGCAGUCUCAUGGAGGGAGGAUUCCCCUCUACAGCAGUGAGGCUAGGACAGGCCAUAGAUUUUGUCUUCUUCCUGUCCAUACGGCCGUAGGCUCUGUUAGUGUGGUGUUGGGAUGAUCCAUUGUUCCUUUCUGUUUCUAUUUUUUGUCAUUCUGCCGAAUGUUCUGUCUUGUUCAUGGUUUCAAUAUUUGUUUCUUGGUCCUCUCUUUGACUCUUUAGUGUCUUCUCUAGUAUUGCCUCUGAUGGUCCUCCUUGACAUCACUUCAGUUUUCAUGAUAGGGAAUUGAGCUGUGAGAAAAUUGCCUUAAAUGGAAACAAUCACAAAAAUCGGUCAAAGGAUUGGACACUAAAUGAAACAACUAGUUCGGGUGGGGGGCAUUUCAAAAUGUAUAUUUUUUAAAAUUUAACAUUGUUUUCAAAAGAAAUUCAGAAAUAGGCAAUGACUUCAAUAUUUCAAAAAAGAGGCAUUCAAUCAGGUGUAUCCAAAAUUUUGACUUGUGUGUGUGGGUGGGUGUAUAUAUAGAUAUGUGUGUGUGUGUGUAUAUGUAUACAUAUAUGUAUAUAUGUGAGUAUGUAUAUGUACAUAUAUACACAUAUAUGUAUGUAUACUUAUAUGUGUGUAGCGUUAUCCCUACACACAUUGUAGGGAUAACGCUCCAUUAGCGUCCGUAAUACUGAGCAGUCUGAGUUCUCUGAAAUGAUGUGAAAAUUGUAAAGAAAUGUGUCUGCCACAGUGACGUUAGUGAUGGACAAUCUGUGAUGUGAAAACUACAACUUCACUGCUGUCUUCAGAGGGUACAUCAAAUUUUGCUACAUUGCAUAAGAAAAUGUGAAUAACGAAACUACUUAUAGCUGUUGUUGUGAAUGCUACCGAAUGCCAUAUACAGACGGCGAUUUACAGAUUGUCUGCCACUGACUGACUUUCACCGGCAGACACUUUCUUCCACAAUUUCACAUUUCAGACGCAGAUGACUGCUCAUUAAGCUAAUGGAGUUUAAUCCCUACAACAUUUAAAGAGAGAUAAUGUUGUGAUUGUUUUCUUUUAACAAGAAUUCCACAAUUAGAUUACUAUGCAGAGAAGUUAUGCUUGGUGUGGUAUCACAGCAUUUUGUCAGUAUCUAGCUUCGAUCCAAAUCAAUUGUCUCAUAGAGUCCAUACAUAAAAUUUCAACAUGAAAGAGGCUGGUCCUCUCCUGUAUUACAAACAGCUGGACAAAAUUACAUAAACAAGGGAAAUGUGGCAAUUUUAUUAAGGGAUUGUUAUUUUAGAAGGGGAACUCCCCUACUUGAAGCAUAAUGUCGGGCUUGCAUAGAUAUCCAAACAAAAAAAAUGGGGCCCCUAUUUACAAAAGGAAAAAAAAUUGUCACUUUUUCUUGCACUAAAUGCUAAGAAAUUUCUAAACAUCUGGGUGAUAAUUCUUGUGAGUAUGAGUAUCUAGUCUAAAUGUUCUGUUGUCUUGUAAAAUAAGGAUCUAGCUACUUCAUUAUUAAUACUAAUGUAGGACUAAACUAGCUGAUCAUGGUUGCUGGUUAGAAUAGUUGUCCAGCUAGGAGUUAAGAAGACGGUUGCAGUUCAUGCGUUCAUCUUUAAGGAGGAAAACAUCCUGCGCUGCUAGCCAGCCAAUGGAAAUGUAUACUGACUGACAUACUGAAGCACUUUUUAAAAAAAAUCUUUUUAUUACUUUUCAGUAUUGCUGGUUGGUCUCUUAUGUGGAUGCAACAUUGUUUGCUUGAGUUUUUUGUUUGAGCUCUUGUUUACUAUACUGGUAUGAAUAAUUUUCUUUUAACUACUCUUUUAUUUAGCCUUAAAUAGCCAUUGUAGUGUCUUUGGUUGAGAUUGAGAAAUGAUCUUAGAUUGUAUCAUUUUGAAAUAUUAGUAGUUUACAGAAUGCUUGGAGAUGGAUAUCUGAUUAAAUAAAAGUUCAUUAAGUUUAGAAUUAGUUUAGAAACCUGUUGAGAUACAUAGUUAAAUUUGAUCAGAAGCAAGGUAAUAUCUGUCAGCCAUGUUGCUGUGUUCUCAUUGAUCUCCUUGAGAUCUGAAUGUCAAACUUAUUUUUGAAGUUUACAUUUACCCUAUUCUAUUGAAAAUAGGCGUCAGCCUAAAUUCUCUUUUCCCAAUAGAGAAGUUGAUUGCUAACAAUAUACUGGUCCUGAUUCAUUUUACGUUAUCUUGGGGGCCCGCUUUUUCUGAAACUGAAAUUCAGUUUAGCAAAAAAAGGAAAAAAAACUGCCCACGUUUCUGUAAUGUAAGCUCUACAGAAGUUGCUGAGCAUUACCAUUAUUUACCAGUGGAUAUGAAAUUGUAUUUAUUGUGUACAAAAAUGUUAAAUAAAAUUAGCUGA